GGGGAGCGCCACAACCUGGACUGCUUGGACAUCGUGGUGGCUGGUCAUGGCGAUUCCUUGGGCACCAGCACCACCAUGCCCCGGCACGUAACAGGGUGGUGGGGCAGGAUGCCCGGGGUGACCCGGGCAUCCAUCAGCCUCGCUGUAUCCGCGAGUGGUCGGUGGCAUGUACCGGCAUCUCUCCUCCUCGUUGCUUGGCCAUAGGGUCCGUCACCCCCAGCUCAACCCCUUCUGCCUCCGUCCAGGCUCGGGGGGCUGCAGCAGGUGGGAAGAGGAGAAGAAAGAAGAUGGGGUAAAGUGGACACAACUGGAGCACCGAGGACCUUACUUCGCACCCCUCUAUGAGCCGCUGCCAGAUGACGUGCAGUUCUAUUACGAUGGCAAACCCCUAAAGCUGAGCCUGGCCACGGAGGAAAUCGCCACUUUCUAUGCCAAAAUGCUCGAUCAUGAAUACACAACCAAGGAGAUCUUCCAGAACAACUUCUUCAAUGACUGGAGGAAGGAGAUGACCUUGAAGGAGCAGAACAUAAUCAAAGACCUGGACAAGUGUGACUUCAGGGAGAUCCAUAAGUACUUUGUGGACAAAAGUGAGGCACGGAAAGCACUCUCCAAAGAGGAGAAGCAGAAACUGAAGGAGGAGGCAGAUAAGAUCCAGGAGGAGUAUGGAUACUGCAUCCUUGAUGGGCACCGGGAGAAGAUAGGCAACUUCAAAACUGAGCCGCCGGGGCUGUUCCGUGGACGUGGUGACCACCCCAAAAUGGGCAUGCUGAAGAAGAGGAUCAUGCCAGAAGAUGUUGUCAUCAACUGCAGCAAGGACUCCAAGAUCCCUGAGCCACCAGAAGGGCACAAGUGGAAGGAGGUGCGCUUCGACAACACGGUUACCUGGCUGGCCUCAUGGACAGAAAACAUCCAGAACACUUUGAAGUACAUCAUGCUGAACCCUAGCUCCAAGCUGAAGGGGGAGAAGGACUGGCAGAAGUAUGAGGUAGCCCGUCGCUUAAAGGAUGUUGUCCACAAAAUCCGUGCUCAGUACCGAGCCGAUUGGAAGUCCAAGGAGAUGAAGAAGCGGCAAAGAGCAGUGGCCCUCUACUUCAUUGAUAAGCUGGCCCUGCGAGCUGGCAAUGAGAAGGAGGAAGGGGAGACUGCAGACACAGUUGGUUGCUGCUCCCUGCGUGUGGAGCACAUCAAGCUGCACCCCAAGCUGGAUGGGCAGGAGCAUGUGGUGGAGUUCGACUUCCUUGGGAAAGAUUCGAUUCGUUACUACAACAAAGUGUCGGUGGAGAAGCUGGUGUUCAAGAACCUGGAGCUGUUCAUGAAGAACAAGGACCCUGGAGAUGACCUCUUUGACAGGCUCAAUACAUCCAUCUUGAACAGACACCUCCAGAGUCUGAUGGAUGGUUUGAGUGCCAAAGUGUUCAGGACCUACAAUGCCUCCAUCACCCUGCAGGAGCAGCUCAAGGCACUCACUAACUCUGAAGACAAUGUUGCAGGAAAGCUACUCUCCUACAACCGAGCUAACCGAGCUGUGGCCAUCCUGUGCAACCAUCAGAGGUCUACACCGAAAACCUUUGAGAAGUCAAUGCAAAACCUCCAGACUAAGAUUGAUGCCAAGAAGCAACAGGUGGAGGAAGCCCAGCAAGAGCUGAAAAAAGCUGAAGAUGAGUUUGAAGAGACAAAAGAUGCCAAAGCAGAAGCCAAUCUGGAGAAGAAAAAGAAGCUGUUGAAGCGGCUGGAAGAGCAACUGGCCAAGUUGAACGUCCAGGCCACGGAUAAGGAGGAGAACAAGCAGAUAGCUCUGGGCACAUCCAAGCUGAAUUACCUGGACCCCAGGAUUAGCAUAGCUUGGUGCAAGAAGUUUGGCGUGCCCAUCGAGAAGAUCUACAACAAGACGCAGAGGGAGAAAUUUGCCUGGGCGAUCGACAUGGCCGACGAGGACUUUGAAUUCUGAGAAAAAGUGCCUUUUGUGUUAAGUGGUGCUCAUUUGGUGCUGUUGCAAGGCUCUUUUUACAUGCCGUUGCAGGGGUGGGGCUGGGGAGUUAUCUAAUGAACAAGUUUGAUACGGGUAUUUUGUGCCUUUUUAGUAUACAAAACACUGGGUUUCUAGCUGGAACAGGUAUUGCUAGUUGUGACACCAAUCCUGACUGCAGUGACUCUGUGAACUUUUAAUUCCUCUUCGGAGUUGCCAAGUGCUUUGGAUCUUUUCUUUCUUCCUCCAGAGUCUGGGAAGAAGAUUGAAUGAGCGCCUUAAUUGUGCUGAUAAACAAGAUUAGAUCUAAUCCUAUCUCCUUGAUGUAGUGGAGCUGUGAUGCCCUUUUCAGACUCUCUGAAUUGGCUUGAUGGGGAAACACCAGGCAAUGACAGCGCCGGAACAGGCAGCUGCAGUAUGAGACCUGGGCUUGGGUCAGGGAUGCACUGAGAGGAAGGGAAAAAUCUCAGGGUUUUACACGUGAGGGUAUUUUGUGCCCUUUCACCUCCAGGAGAGGAAAAAAUUACGCAAUUGCACAAACACAAUGAAAAAAUGUUGUGGGAGGGAGCGAAUGGCAGGAAAAGGAGGGGGAGGUGCUGGCCUCACGUUGGAGGGCUGAAAAUCACCUUGGCAUGAGUGAAGCGUACUUUAAUCACCCCUAUGCGUUCAAUGAUUGGUCUGGGAGAGGACAUCUCAUUCGGGGCCAUAUUUCCUUUCCCCUAUUUCCUUCAGUUGGCUCUGGCUCGGCUCGCUGUAUCAGUAGCAGAAACUAAACUACCCAGCCACAGAUUUAGCAAUAGGAAAGGAUGAUGCUGGGCUGGACCAGGCUCCGGUGGGGUGUGAAGCGUGCUGGGGAGCGGUACCGAUGCUGAUGGAGCUGUGUCUGUGUUGGGAUGCCAGCUUUGUCAUCAGGUUGCAUCCUCCCCAGUCUGCUCCUGCCCCAUGGAGCAGGCAGGGACUGAUAGCAUACGCUGCUGGUGCUUGCUGCCGAACUGGCUGCUUUUCAGAGGAAAAAAAUAAGCGAUAUCAGCAUGUACCUGGCAACGGUUAGCCUACGUGCCAGCGAAUCUCAGGUGUAAGCAAGCUGUUGCAUUGGCAGCAAAGCCUUCUGGCAUCUCGGGGCUGAUGUUCAGGUUGCUGUAGUCCAAAGCUCUUGGUGCUUCCCAUGUGUUCACUUACAGCCGCUUGUUCUUGUGUUUAAACUAUUGCUAUUUUGGUUGGAAGUCAGGUACUUCAAAUGCAUUUCAUUAAAACUGAAAGUGAUUUUUUUUUUUCUGAGUAUCUGUGACUGGAGGCUUUUUGCAACUCAUCCAAGACGCAGUUCUGCUGUGAGCUGAUGUGCAGAGCUCUGAGCCAGGGCUCUGUCUCUGUAAUGGGGUCUGUGUAUGCUCAGUUGUCUGCAGGGGAUUAGGCUUGGUAGGAAAUCCUUUGCCUUCAAGCAAAGAGCCUGCCUGCAGACUUCAAAAAAAAAAAAAGAAAAAAACAUUUUUACGUGGUCCCUAAGUGUCCGUAUGUAAAACUGAGCCACCAAAAUUGAAUUGCUGCAUGUUAUCAGAGUUGUGACAAACAUGAGGGGGGGAAAUGCAUGGGUGAAGCCAACGCUGUUUUAUCCUGUAUCUGCACUGGGGUGUGCUCCACCACUUGGCUGAGAGGUGACAGUUUAUAAAACUCUAACCGGAUGCUCUCUCCAAGCUCCAGGAGCUCAUGUUGGUUUUAACAAGGCAACUGCCUCCUCAAACAGGGAUCUAAAUCAAUCUGAAUGGUGGCAAGACUUAUUUUUCUGGCAAAGCUAGACCAGUUAUCAGCUCAGCUGCACAAACAACAGGCAGGAGCUGCCAAGCAUGCCUUGACCCCUGUGUUGGAUCUGUACCUCUGAAACAGAGCUAACCAGUUUGGUCCCAAUGGAUGGGCAUGUCUUUCUGCACACCCUGCUAAAAUGCUUUCUGGCUUUCAAAAAAGGUUAAAGUGAAUAUUCUCCACUAACUGUGGUGGAAAGCUUGUUCCAUCCCAAAUAAGGGAGUAAUUCUAGCCAAGCCCGUAGUGAAAGGGUGCUGCUGUUUUCCAGUAGCAGAAAAAGAGCAAGAUGCAAGUAGGUGAGCACUGUUGGUGUUUCCAUUGAACCAAUAACUCCUUUUUUUUUUUUUAAGUAUUUCCUAGAGGAAAAAGUGUCUCAAGCACCAUGUGAGAAAGGAUCUGCAUUAGUAAGAGCAGCUGCAGCAGUAUGAAUGGCUUCUGGGGGAGUAGUGGGGAAAAAUCACCCCAGAAAGCAAAUCCUACUGCAACUUUGGAGUGAAAUGAGUCACUCGGUCCUUGGCUUCUCCUCCAGCAGGUUCCCAUCAGUGCUAUGAUCCCCUGCUGAGUUAAUGGGGCAGAAAGGGAUAACGUGUGCUUGGGCAAAGGCAACGCACAGAACUUGGACAGCAGAUGCGAUCACUGGGCUACUGCAAGGCUCUGCAAGUAGGUGUCAGCCCCCUGGUCUGGGCUGCACACACCGUGUGACAGGUGGAUUGACCUGUAUCAGCUGAGGACCACCAGCCUUUGCAUCUGUUGCCCUCCCGACUAGAACUCCACACAGGAUUGGGAACUGCUUCCCCUGAAGACCAUGCAGGCAGAGAAAAGCAAACGGAGAUGAGGGCUCUCCUGAUGGUGUUUGUGGCUGUUGUCCUCUGUGUAGACAUUGUCAAUUCGCUGAUGUGCUACACCUGCACCAACCAGACCAGCAACGAUCAGUGCCUGAAAUCUUCAUUACGUACCAAAAAUGAGACAGCCUGCGUGACUAUAGUUGAGAAGAUAGGUGCAGGCACUCACGAACAGAAGUUGAUCAGCAAAACCUGCAUUUCAAACUGUGAUGUGUUUUGAAACGCUUACAGCUGUUGCAAUCGGGACAACUGCAAUCAAAAUGAGGCACAUGGGAUGAGACCUCCCGUAGCGGUGCUAGGAACUGCAGUUGUGGUCAGUGUUACCAGCACCCUUCUCUGGACUGGACUGUGAUGAGGUCCCCAUUGAAUAACCCCUUCAAGCUUCUUAACCCAUCCUGGUCCCCCAGCACCUGCAGUCAUUUUUCUCAUCUGUCCCCAGAACAUCUUCUGAACAUCUGAUGUUCCGGCACAGAAAUGCCAGUCUGAAGCUAGCUUGAGCUUGAUGGAGAAGAGAUCCCUCAGUUAUUAUUUUAUAGCUUCUCAUGCAACAGGGCUCUGUGGCCAUCAUUAAAAAAAAAAUAAAAAAAUCCAA